UUUUGGGGCGCUGUGUUCGAUAAACAAGCUUUAAGCGCUCUGGAGAAACAGGCACCAAAUGUAAGUUCCCAUCCAUCUAUUCCUGCAGGGCGCGGGACGCCUGGAACAGGCAGAGCACAAAUCCGAAACGCCCACGGCUCCAGCACGGCUAUUUCAGAGGGAUUAUCUCACUUUUCUUACCGAGCCCCAUCUGCGAGCUGCGCAGCCCUCAGACACAAAGCCUGAAGUUUCCCACCCCCCCCCGGGCAGCAGCUCGGAGCGGGAAGCGGCCUUUCCGCGCAGGCCGAGCCCUGCGCCACUUCAGCCGCUCCCCACGGCCGCCCCGAGCCCCGGCAGCGGAGCGCUCCCACCCCGCGGGCCGCGCGUCGCUUCCGCAUCCGGUGAGCGCCGUGCGGUGAGCGCCGGCUGGGCGCGUCGGAGCGGACGGCCGGGACCCCGCGCCUGAGGGACUGGCGGCCAUGAGCGGCGCCGAGGAGGAGGAGAAAGCGGCCGGGAGCGGCCGGGCGUUGGGUGCCGGCGAUGCCUCCCCAGAUGAAGGGGUCGAAGCAGAUCUGCCCGUUAUAGACGAGAGAGCAGUGGAGCAGCUGGCUGAAGGGCUGAUUUCUCACUAUUUGCCCGAUCUUCAGAGAUCCAAAUCAGCUCUGCAGGAACUUACACAGAACCAAGUGGUAUUACUAGAAACACUAGAACAAGAAAUUACAAAAUUCAAAGAGUGUAACUCCGUUCUUGACAUCAAUGCCUUGUUUUCAGAAGCUAAACACUAUCACAGCAAGUUAGUGAAUAUUAGAAAUGACAUGAUGAUGCUCCAUGAGAAAACGUCUAAGUUAAAAAAAAGAGCACUUAAACUACAACAAAAGAGGCAGAAAGAAGAACUGGAAAGAGAACAGCAACGUGAGAAGGAGCUAGAAAGAGAGAAGCAGCUAACAGCAAAACCUGCAAGGAGGACAUGAAAGCAGAGCGUGCAACAACUUGUCCAAAUUAAUAAUUUCUGUAUUCUCUGGAGCUAAGGCACACUUUGAUUAAACCAGGCUAUAGUUAUUACUAACAGUCUACUCUGGUGUUAUAAAUUCCAGAAUGUUAAUGAUCAGUAGGUAACAUUCAAAUUCUUCACUUCAGUCAUUCAGGUUGCCUUCUUUUGUAAUGCUAUGCAGUUUGAUACUAUUACAGUAUAAGUUAAUUUUAUAUAUAAAUAUAUAUAUGUAUAUUGGAGAACCUAGGCAUCGUGGGUAUUUAAAUACCUAUAACUUUUUAAUCUGUUCUUCUGGUGCUUAGAAUUCUGAGAGCUGUUUGGUAUUUGGCAUAUAUAUAUUUUCCAGACAAAAUAUGGAGUUGUAGUUGUUGAAGUUCAAUUCUGGUACCUGGACUUCAGAGCCUGUCUGUUACACUGAAUCUGCAUUGAUUCUGGCAGUUGUAAUUUCUUUUCAGUGCUGUAAAUCAGACAUACAGACUCUUUUUUUUUUUCCGACUUUGAUUUAGUUGGUUAUUCUUUUUUCCUUUUGUGUGAGUAAUUGAGCUGAACGAUUUCAUCUUUAUGUGGAACUCAGUUAUUUGUAGGAAAAGUUAUUUCCAUCUAUUCAUGUGCAUUUAGGGGUCAUGUGAGCUAGUGUUGUAUGCUGUCCUUACUUAAAAUGAUUAUUAUUAAUGAACGUGAUGAUAAAUAUUGUAUGGCUGUUGAUAUCCAUUUCUCUGAAUUGAAUUACUUGCAGCACUUCAUGUGAACUCCCUGGACUCAGGGCCUGGACUCUACUGUGCUAUAUUUUUCUGAAGUCCUAAUUUCUACUUCUAAGAUUCUUUUUUCUUUGAAAGAUCUACUGUUGAGUAGUCAUCAAAACAUUGCAGUUCACUUUGUGUGUUUGGAGCAAGGAGAACAAACUACUGAAGUAGUCUGAAAUGCCUUUUCUGAUGUAGUAAUAGGUAAAAACUGAAGUUGGCUUUUGUUUUGUCUUAAUUGCCAGUGGAUUGUUGACCUGUGCUGUGGUCUAUGUGUAUUUCUAAAAGAAAUGUUAAAGAAUUUCUACAGUCCAUUUUUGGAGCAAAAUGUACAUAACUGAAUAUUGUUUAAGGUUUUUUUUUUAUUUUAUAAUGUAACUUCAGAAUUAGUUUUUAGGAAUUUAGAUAGUUCUUAUUAAAGCUUAACAUGAAAUGAGAUGCCUCAUCAUUAAUCAUCAAGAUUAAUUUCCUUUGAUAUUUCUCAUUUGAUGUUACCUCAGCUGGUGUCCAAUUUAGUGUUUCAUGUUGAGCUGUUGUGUGUUGGUUGGUAGGUUCUGUUGUCUACUUGUUUUGGGGGAAAGCUUGUGAGUUGCUUUGCUUUUUCCGUCCUCCCUGUCCCCCCAAAAACCAUGGUCAACUUCUACUGAAAAUACAGAAUUCUAAGCAGAAAAAUCGAUGCUUUUUGCUAGACUGAGUAAUUUUAUUCCUGUAUACAUUUUCUUACUUAUUGUACCAACUUGUUUUUGAACUAUAAGGUCAUUGCAGUGGAAUUAAUUCACUUAAAUGUGCAGCACCAUUUUGAAUUUCCAUUUUCUAAGAUUAUACCAAUAUAUGGAUUAUACAAAUAUAUGGAUUAUAUUAUUAUAUUAUAUAUGGAUUAUGGUUUCCUGUGCUUUUAUCACUAGAUUUAACGUGUGCAUAAUUUGGGUACCCAUUUCCACCACUGUUCAGGUUCACAUUGGCCAACUUUUUAAUUCAGUGAAAUUUGACUUUUUUGCUGACAGUGGUAACUUUGCUUUAUAAGACAAAUAUUUACUAUGCUCAUAUUUUUCUCUUGGAAAGUAAUAACAGAAUAUGCUACCUGGUUUUAGUCUGUGUGCCAUGACUUCAGUGAUAAUAGGCAUAAAUAGUACUGUGCAGGUUGCUUAUGCAGCUGUUCUGUUGAGAUUCUUGUUUGGGAGUCCUCUGGCUGAUUUAUUCCCGGUGGUGCUUCAGUAGACGCUUUCUGCCACCUACUGUUUGCUUUGCAACACUGCUGGUUAUUUUAAUUCUGUGUUUGGAUUUUCAAUGCUCUGACCCUGUUGGAGUAAUUUUUUUUUUUUUAAUCUAAGAGGUUUAAUUGUUGUGAUUGGUUAAUUUUUUUUUUUUCUAUUGUAUUUUCCCCUCUUGGAUUAGUUGUGCGAAUGCAUGAUGUAACGUGGUUUAUAUAAAGAUAUCUGGGCUGAUAGAACUGUCAGAGAAGAGCUAUAAGUUGGGACCUAAGGGGGUCACAACAGGGAUAAUGUGGAGGACUUUAACUGUUUUCCUCCAGACAGCAACUGCUGAUAGUGGCAGUUUCCCACUCUGCCUCCAAUCCGUAAUCUAAGUGUUGCUCAGGAUGUGAGCACAGAUGUUGGCUGUGCCUGCUAACUUAGUACUUCCAUUUCUCCUUGUUUCUGCUCCCAUCCAUCCAAUUUAUGUGUAUGAUGUCAAGUCAUGGGGUUUAAGAAAACAAAUCAAACAUCCUGCCUAGAAAAUGUGAGGAAAAAAACAGCAAAUAGAAGAAGAAAAUUCUGUGGAACUGUUGCAACAAGUGGAUUGCAACUUAAUGAAGCAAAUCAAUUAAAGCUUGAUGUAGAAUAACUUUAAAAUCUACACGUUUGAAGACAUUAAUCUCUAAAACAGUAAAAGUAAUUAGUUUGGCACUGUCACUGACAGUGAGUUGUGAGAGAAAAGGUUGAGCUACUCUGUCUAAUGUAUUUUAAUAAAUAUAUGCCCCUGAA